AUGAGCUACGAUUUCGGAGAGAGAGAGAGAGAGAGAGAGAGAGAGGUCCGUGUUGACAGUGAGUUUGUAUUCCAUAUUUAUGCAUUGGACUUUGCAGGAUUUGAUAUUCCAGGAACCUUUCUCUUUAGAACUCUCAUCGGAAAGAUAUUUGGAAGCAUAGGUUCUGUUGGGGGUGGCUUAGCCUUGGGGAAAGAAGGUCCCCUUGUACAUACAGGUGCCUACAUUGCAUCGUUGCUUGGUCAGGGUGGAUCUACAAAAUAUCAUUUGAAUUCUAGGUGGCAGCAAUUUUUUAAGAGUGAUAGAGAUCGUCGUGAUCUUGUCACUUGUGGAUGUGCAGCUGGAGUUGCUGCCGCUUUUAGAGGAGGUCAAAUCAUGGUGGGUUCCUUCUCUCACAUCCUAUGUCCAAAGUGGCUGAAUUUACUCUGUACUUAGAAACAACAAUGGAGGAACCUUUGUUGUCUAUGCUGUAACAUCCUUAGCUUGACAGCUUUGCACUGGUUUUUUACACUGUUCCGGAUUUUAACAGUGUUUAAAAGGUUUUUUUGGAGGCAGAGAAAGGGUACAGAUCGUUGAUAAAGAUUGUCAUUGCGUUGGGUGAAGACCCUCCACGUGUCUGUGUUCAUUGCGUUGGGUAAAGACCAGGUUUAGUCAUUGCGUUACUGUAGUUGAUUUUUUUUUUAUUCCUAGUCUAAAAAUCAUUCAUCCAGUUUCCCUUCUGUCAGAUUUUUCUGUUACGCUAACAUGGUCUUAAUUUUUGAUUAGGCUUUUUUCUGUUACACCAAUUGUGAUAUUUUAAACACAUAUGGCCCAUUUAUGAUGGGCUAUUUUGUUUAGUCCUAUACAUUUAUAAUUAGAAGCUGAUAUGUUAAAAAUAAAAGCUGACUCAUAUUAACGAAAUGUUUUGAUUGGAAGGGAAAAAAGCUGAUGUGUCAGCUCGAGAAGAGCCUAAAAUGCUGACGUGGCGACCAUUUGGAGAGAGUUCACCUCCUCUCAUAUAUAUGAUUUUCAAGUAUUUUUGAUUAUUUAGUCUAUAAAUAACUAAUUAUUUUGAAAUGUAUUUCGGGUAUUUUCGGUUAUUCGAAAUAUAUCGGUUCGGUACC